AUGGAAUUCGAUACCGAAAAAUUUAUCAUCGAAAUCCAGAGUCGGCCAGCAGUUUGGAACACCAAAUUACCAGAGUAUUCUGAUAGAAUACUAAAACAAAGAGCAUGGGAAGAGUUAGUGCAUAUUUAUCACGGUACGGAAUUUACAAACGAGGAAAAACAAAAACUAGAUACUGUAACUGUCAAUAGCACAACGGGGAAUGUAACUACAGAAAAUGAAGAUGGUAACACAGCUAUGCAAAAUGAAGAAACACUUCCAUCAAAUACUUCAUGGGCACAAAAGAGAAACAAGAAAAAUAAUAGUGAUGAUCUUAUCGGUAGAGAGGUAGUCGGGGCCUUGAAUAGAAAUUUAGAAAGAAAGAGUGUUGAAGAUGACGAGGAUCGCCUCUUUUUCUUGUCUCUAGUAAAAGAAUUAAAAAAAAUUCCAGAACAUAUGCAAUUGCAAAGUAAAUUAGAUAUUUUAAAGCCGAUUCCGGCCACGGCGGCCAAUCUCAAUGAGAUUAGCCAACUGCGCAGGAGAUAUUAUAGUGCUCAAGUGUACGCGCAGACACAAGUGCACUCUCUAUUCCUAUCACUCUCAUACUCCGGUGGGACGACCACUCGACACGACCGAUUACACAAAAUGGAAACCAAUAAGAAGCGACGUGGUGAGUGGACUGAACAACAGCUUAAAUCAGCUAUUGAAUCUGUAAAAAACUGCAGUAUGUCACAACGACAGGCAGCAGCUACUUUCAGUAUCCCAAGAAGAACUUUGAGAAACUACCUAAAAUCUGGCAGUGAAGAAAAGAGAACUGGUCGAGCAACUACACUAAGUAAUGUCCAAGAAAAAGAUUUAGCAAGACGAAUAAUACGAUUAGCUGAAGUAGGCGUGCCGUUGACCCGCAAGAUUGUAAGAAAGCAAGCCUACUUAUUUCCUUGUAAAUCACAUAAAAUACCAAAUUCUUUCAAUGACAGCAGAUGCACUGCAGGCAGAAAAUGGCUAAAAAAAUUUUUAAAACGUAACCCUGAAAUUUCUGUCCGUAAAGCACAGUUUAUGAAUUCUGCAAGAGCUCAAAAAUUAAAUAAACACAUCGUGCAACAACAUUUCACAGCUAUCAAAAAGUUGUAUGACGAAUUAGAUAUUCCUCGACAUCCAGAACGUCUAUAUAAUAUAGAUGAAAAAGGUUGUCGGCUAACCUUGCAUCACCAACAAUAUGUUCUUGCACAAAAAGGAAACAAGAGAGUGCAUUUUAUUGCACAAGAACAUGCUGAAAACGUCACAAUUGCAAUGUGUGUAAACGCUUCAGGUAAUUCGGUUCCACCAAUGAUCAUUUUCAAAGAUAAAAGGUUAAGACCGGAAUUCAACGACAAUUUACCUGAUGGCACUAUAGUCAGAAUGGCACCAAAAGGUAGUAUGACUACUGAUUUAUUUAUUGAUUUUAUACAUCAUCUUAGCAACUAUAAGCCUCCCGGGAAAUGUUUGCUAGUUUUUGAUGGAGCUGCUUCUCAUCUGGAUGCUAGGAUAGUGGAUGCCGCAGAUGGGAACAACAUAGUAUUAUAUUGUCUGCCAUCCAAUACCACUCAUGAAUUGCAACCUUUAGACAAAUCAGUCAAUAAAUCCUACGAGCACCAUUGGGAUGAAGAAGUAUUGUUGUACGCCUAUCGUCAUCCAGAUCGUAAGCUCACAAAGGCAAGGUUUAACAAAAUAUUCUCAAAGGUAUGGCCUAAAUGCGUAACUCAAGAUAAUAUAAAAAACUGUUCUAGAGCUACUAAGCUUCACCCCUACAACCCAAAUGCGAUUCCCGAGCAGGCUUUUGCACCUUCUAUCCUAACUCAGCGGCCUAUUUUGCAUGAAACUGCUUCUAACUCAGAUGAUCCUGAAGCUCAAAAUUUUGGAGAGUCAGCUGUGAAUCACAAUAAUGACUCUAACACAGAUUGUGAAGAAAGUUUACGUAUAUCGCCGUCACUGAUAACUGAAUAUGUACAUGUAUCUCCACCACUUUCAUCUCAUUCUCAGCCACAGAGUCAAUCGCCAACUUACGCAAGUAGGAAAUUAGUUGACUACAGUUCCUCUUCCGAAUCUGCUAUUGGAGAUAUUGAUGAACAACUUUCAGCAACAGGCACAAUUUUAUGUGAUAGGGAGUCACAAUUUCAUUCUCCAAUUCCAAGCACGUCUGGGUUAGUAAGACAGAAUGUACUACGAAGACCAGUUAUCAAUUCUUCGGCAUCAGGUUCAGACGACGAAAAUAUUGAUAUAAACGUAAUCCAAAAAUGCUGUCAACAUUUUGCCAGGAACUGUAAGAUUUAUACAUCAUCAGAAUCUGACGAAGAAAAUCUGGAUCCAUCUAAUGCAACAGCUGCUCACACACACCAAGAGACACUACGCAUCAGACACGAGGAACAUCAUUCUGAUGAUUCUGACAAUGAGCCGCUAUCAAAUUUGAAGCAAAAUAAGAAGAAAACACAAAAGAGAUCUCCAUUUCACGAAUUUAUACCAACACCUAACUUUGCAACCAUUAAGAGUAAACCAAGGCGAAAAGCAAUAAAUUAUAUUGGUCAAAGAGUAACGAAGGAUUUGUUUGAUGCUGUCCAAGAAAAAAAAGUUAGGGGACCAAAAUCAGCAAAAACUAAAAACACUGGUAAAAAACAAAAUAUUAUGAAAAAGUUAAAAUAUAAAAAAGUAAAUGUAGAAAAUAGGGGUUAUGGGAGAGGGGCAAAAACAAGAGAAGAUAAGGCUGAAAGGUGGUAUUGCCGAGCUUGUAAAUCGGAACGAAUCGUAGAUAUGAGACAAUGCAUUGUUUGCCUUUCGUGGUACCACGAAGAAUGUGUCGGACUAACUAAGAACGACAUAGAGGACUUUUUGUGUCCAGAAUGCAAC